AUGGAAGAAAAGUGCACUUCGCUCAUCUUUGGCUACUUUGCAUCACUAUUCGUGUAUUGUCGAAUAGCAGAUCUUUCUGUGUUACUUUCCACAGCAACACCGCAAAUGCUGACUGACAACGAACACAAAACAGAAGAAAUCGAAAAAGUUAAAAAAGCUCUUCAACAAAAUGGUUUCUCGGAUAACAACAUCAAGAGAGCAUUAAGACCACGCCACAAUAGAGAACGGACCGAAGAAGAUAAACCAGUUGCCAAAGCACUCCUUCCAUAUAUAAAAGGAACCACUGACAAAAUCAGCAAAGUACUGAAGAAACAUAAAAUUGAAACUGUCUUCAAUACCGACAGGAAAAUUGGCAACAUUCUUCCAUCAGCGAAGACGAAGAUUCCACUCGAAGGUCAAGGCGUUUACCAGAUUCCCUGUGGCGACUGCGAAAAAUCAUACAUAGGACAAACAAAUAGAAGAGUUCAAACACGAAGAGAGGAACACAGAAAUGCUGUAGAAAAGAAUCAGGCAACCUCUUCUUUGGCGCAACAUGCGAAAAACACCGGACAUAAAAUCAAUUUCGAAGAAACAAGAAUCAUUGCCAACAUAGAACAUAAAACCAAAAGAAUUAUCAGAGAAGCCAUAGAAAUCGAAAAACAUACAAAAAAUCUAAAUACACGUGACGAUACACAAAGGCUCCCAAUAGCUUGGAAACCGAUUCUCGCAAACAAAAUCAUCAGAGCGCGACGCAACGCUUCACCAAGCAUGACAUCUGACGCACCAACGAGCAGCGAACCGAGGCGAAAACCAGUGAAGGAGAACGCGAAAAUAAUAUAUAAAGCAGCAGCAGAGCAG